AUGUUCACAAAAUCAUUCCUCUUCGCUCUCCUUCCAUCGAUGGUGGUAGCAGAACCACACCAACGACCCCGUCCAGGCGCGCACCAGGAACAACAACAAGGUGGCAUGAGUUGCAUGCAGCAGCAGAGUGCUGGAAAACCUGCUGUCGGCAAAGCCAUCUACAUGCUGACUAACGAUGCCGAGAACGCUGUCGUUGCGCUGCCCAUUGGAGCCGAUGGUAUGCUUUCGCAAGGCAAAGUUAUGAAGACGGGUGGUGCGGGUUCUGUUGCUGUCGAUGCAGAUGGCGAACCCGCGACGCCUGAUGCAUUGGUUGGCCAGUCGGCAUUGACUGUCGUUGGGAACAAUCUGUUUGCCGUGAACGCUGGCUCCAAUACGCUUACCAUGAUGACUAUAUCAUCCAACGAUCCCACUUCACUCGCCUGCGCCGGCAAGCCUAUAGCCAUACCUGGAGAAUUCCCCAACACCGUCGCAGCAUCUGCAAAGAACAAGCUCGCAUGCGUGGGAACCACGGGUGCACUAGCUGGAAUCUCAUGCGCACCUUUCUCCGAGCAAGGGCUUGGGCAGAUGGACGACCUCCGGCCCUUCGACCUCGGACAGACCACUCCCCCCGUUGGACCCCUAAACACCGUGUCCCAGGCGUUCUUCUCAUCCGAUGAGUCCGCUCUCUUCACCACCGUCAAAGGCGAUCCAGCCGUGAACAACACGGGGUUCCUCUCCACCUACGCAGUGCAAGCUUCCAACGGCGCCGCCGCUCUCUCGAAGAAAGACGUUCGCAGCUCACCCGAAGGAACCGCCGUGCUGUUCGGCUCAGCUGUCAUGCCCAAUGAUCCAUCCUCCCUCUUCGUCACCGACGCUUCCUUUGGCGCGACCGUCCUAUCGGUAGAUUCUCAAGGCCAAGCGACAGUCAAAGGCUCCCAGAAGAUCGACGGUCAAGCAGCAACCUGCUGGGCCACGAUUUCCGAGGCAACAAACAGCGCGUUCGUUACAGACGUCGGUGUCAAUCGUGUCGUGGAGAUGAGCCUGGAUGACGCGAGCAUCAUCAUGCAGCUCGAUCUGUCUGCUAAUGGCGAUCCUGGUCUCAUUGAUCUCCGCGCUGCAGGCGAUUUUGUCUAUGCUUUGAGUCCUGGCAAUGGAACCACCAACGCGGCGAUUACAGUGCUCGAUGUUUCCGGUGGUCAAGGGUCGAUGAAGCAGGUCCAGCAUUUCGACUUGGGUGGCAUGGCAGGAAGAACCGCGCAAGGCAUGGCUGUUAUGAUGUGA